AUGCAGCCUCCGAACAAGAAAGCGAAGACAGCGGAUGAGGCGUCUCACCAACUUGUGGGAGAUGAAGCCGUCGCUGACGUCGUUGACACUGCCAAUGCAAUAUCUAUGUUGGCUCGUCACAACUCCAUCGAGAACGCUCCCCUGGACAUUCUAUUUGAGGUGUUCCUUAUGUUGCGCCCCAGAGACCUACUCUCCCUCGCUCGCACCUCCAAGGCGUUUCGUGCAUUCCUGAUGAGCCGCAAGUCCUCGCGAAUUUGGAAGGAGACCAGGGAUCGGCACUCGAAAGGUGCACCCAAGUGUCCGUAUGCGGUUCUCCUGUUCACCUAUGACUGCACGAAAUGCGGGGCUCCACACAUCGGUACGACAUAUUGGGCGUUAUACCGUCGCCCCUGCUCCGAUUGUAGCAAGAAGGAAAUAGUAUCAGGAGCUCCGAUAGACAACUUGAUGCAAGAGGUCAAUGAAGAGACCGGGUACCCCGGUGGCUUCCUGACGUAUGCGAUUGAGCGCGGACGAUAUCGAACGACUUUCUACUACUCUCGCCCAGAGGCGGUCAAGUUCAAGUCUCAGUGGAAGCGCUGCGAAAGGGCCGGUGAGAAGAAGCGUCUUGUUGAAGAACGGAUAGCUAGCGUCAAGGAACGCAAGCAGGAGGUAAAGGCUAUUACUGCAUGGGGGGACGACGAAGACAGAAGACGGUCCUCUGACCUGGCAAUCAUUCGGGAAAAGCGCAAACGCGCUAUCUUCGCACGGCUGAGAGCAGAGGGCUGGGGAGAUGAGCUCGACAAGCAACGCACACAGAUUGACCCGUUCGGGCGUGAUCCCCUCUGGAAGCUCUACGAUUGUCCAGGCUUCUACCUUAACAUGCCUCUGACGGAAAACGAUUGGGACGGCAUGCGUGAUACGCUGGUUGCCGAAUUGGACGUACUCAAGACUGAGCGCCUCCGGACGGAACGUCGCCAAGCCACGACUGAAAGGCUCAAGUUCUUGCACGGGGUUGUAGCGGCUUACGAAAAGUCACUAGGGCUACGCCGGAGUGCUGCAUCGGACCUACGUGCGGAAUUUGGAGACCUGGCGAUGAUGCCUGCGUUCCGGAGCAUUGUGGAGCUGCCCGCGUGCGAGCCAGUUACCGAACAGGACUUUGCGAACCGGAUCGACACCAUACCGGCGCUGCAGGCGGAAUGGCUCAGGGAGCGUCAAUGCGAAUUCGAAGCGAUCGUCGGUGAGAACGCAGGGGGUCGUCUGCUCCAGUACCCGAUGGUGGCAUUGGCCAUCAGUUGCGGUAAACGGCUUUACUGCAAGAUCUGCUCGGUGCCUUCGAUCGGAUACAUGCAGGUUUACGACUGGAAGAACGCGAGCUCCCACCAACGUCCGCUUUGCGACGUCCGCGAUGGGCGAUUCGGACCUUCCGACAGCGUGAAGGCGAACAAGUGGGGAAUACUCGACGCAGAGCACACCAGGGCCGUCAUCGCUAUGGAUGCCGCACUGCAGGCAGCGGGCGACAUUCCGGGCGGCGCCAUCUUCGCCUGCACACGUUGUCCGCAACGCGGUCGAGGCUCCGAGUCCCUAGUCGCCCAUUGUAUGGAUGCGCACGAUACCGACCGCCCAGUAAUUGGCGAAGAUUUCUAUCUUCAUCCCAAGACGGGCACGCAGACGUACCCGAUUUCCAUAUACCCGGAGAACGCGCGCGGAGACCGUACGGCUGCCAAGGAUGUCCAAAGGGGACAUGCGUUCUUCUCUAUAACCUUGUUCCACUAG